GUUCCUUACAUGCACUUGCCCGAUACUUCACACCUCGUCUGUUCCACUCACCCCUGACCCUUUGGUUUAUUUAUUUAUUUGUGUGCCUGCUUUAAUUAAUGCAGUUUUCUUGGUGAAGACUUCAGAUUAUCUUUAGCUUCUUGGUGUUGCUUAGACAUUGGCCAGCGCAAUGGCUUCUUCUGCCUGUGUGAGCUUGAAAGCUAAUCCUCAUUUUGCGAAAACAAGAACAGACCUUCUUCUUCGUCAAGAUAAUGGGUUUUGGGGAGAAAGAAUCAAGGGAAGCCUGAACGAUAAUAUGUGCGUGAAUCAGUUGGUAACGAGUUUGAAAACAGGGGAGAAAAUGAAGAAGGCGAAACCAAGUGCUGUCUCAGCCGUUCUAACUUCAAAUAAUGCCCACGAAUCCGUGAGCUGGGAAAUGCCAUCGGUUCUUACUCGAAGGGCUGACCCUAAAAAUGUAGCUUCCAUUAUAUUGGGAGGAGGUCCUGGGACUCAUCUCUUUCCUCUCACCAAACGAUCUGCAACACCAGCAGUCCCUCUUGGAGGAUGUUACAGACUGAUAGAUAUCCCGAUGAGCAAUUGCAUCAACAGUGGCAUCAACAAGAUAUUUGUUCUGACCCAGUUCAAUUCUGCAUCUCUGAACCGUCACAUCGCCCGCACUUAUUUGGGGAAUGGCAUCAACUUUGGGGAUGGAUUUGUGGAGGUUCUAGCAGCCACUCAAACUCCAGGAGAAACAGGAAAGAAGUGGUUCCAAGGAACUGCAGAUGCUGUGAGACAAUUUACAUGGGUUCUUGAGGAUGCCAAGAACACAAAUAUUGAGAAUGUAUUGAUCUUGGCAGGGGAUCAUCUCUACCGAAUGGAUUACAAGGACCUUGUGCAGAGUCAUGUUGACACAAAGGCUGAUAUUACAAUUUCUUGCGCUGCAGCAGGUGAUAGCCGUGCAUCAGAUUAUGGAUUGGUAAAAGUUGAUGGAAGAGGCCGCAUCAUUCAAUUUUCAGAGAAACCAAAGGGUGUUGAUUUGAAAGAAAUGCAAGUAAAUACCCCUCUCAUUGGGUUGUUACCCCAAGAUGCGUCGAAGUCACCAUAUAUUGCAUCCAUGGGGGUUUAUGUAUUCAAGACAGAUGUUUUACUUGACCUCCUGAAAUUUAGAUGUCCGUCAUCCAAUGAUUUCGGAUCUGAAAUUAUUCCUGCUGCUGUGAAGGAACAUAAUGUCCAAGCAUUUUUCUUCAGAGACUACUGGGAAGACAUUGGAACGAUAAAGUCAUUUUAUGAUGCUAAUCUAGCUCUUACUGAAGAGAAUCCAAAGUUCAAAUUUUAUGAUCCGAAGACGCCCAUUUUCACAUCCCCUCGAUUCCUGCCACCAACAAAGAUUGAUAAUUGCCAGAUAUUGGAUGCAAUUAUCUCCCAUGGAUGUUUCCUGAGAGAAUGUACAGUUCAACAUUCCAUUGUUGGUGAACGUUCGCGCCUGGAUUAUGGUGUUGAGCUUCUGGACACUGUAAUGAUGGGAGCUGAUUAUUACCAGACGGAAUCUGAAAUUGCAUCUCUGCUAGCAGAGGGAGAAGUCCCAAUUGGGAUAGGAAGGAAUACCAAAAUUAGGAACUGUAUAAUUGACAAGAAUGCAAAGAUCGGGAAACAUGUUGUUAUCAUGAACACAGAUGGAGUUCAAGAAGCAGAUAGACCAGAAGAUGGAUUUUAUAUUCGCUCAGGAAUCACAAUCAUAGUCGAGAAAGCAAGAAUAGAAGAUGGCAAGGUCAUAUAAGUAGUCUCUCACUAUCGAGCACGAGUCUCUGAGGCAGGUUGCAAGAGUUGCUGGAAAAAACACGUUCUCAUAUGAGAAACACUCUAGUCUGUGGAGUAGGAAGGAUCCGAUGUGCUGAGUGCUACCUUCUACAUUGAAGCCAGCAGAACCCUUUUCGCUAUAUGUAAAAUAGAAGCUUCCGCAGCGCAAGUAGAUAUAGAAUCAAUGAGCCAUGGAGAUUCUAGUUCAUGGCAACAGUAUUUGUUUUUAGAUAAGCUCUUGGAAGUCAUGGGUGGUUCAAUCUCCGUCUCUCAGCCUUUCCCUAAACCCCUUAUUGCUCAAGUCAUAGAUAUGGUGUGAAAUAAAAGGAAAAUGAGACAUGAUAUCAGGGAAUACUAUAGAUGAUAAAUGGAUGUGCUAUUUUUUGUCAA